AUGACGCGCCGGUUCGGCAACCGCCCGGCGCAGCAUGUGUUCCACUCCCGUGGCACGUCGAUGCUCGCCCCGGAGAGCCACCCGCUGUACAGCUCGUCCGAGGACGACGGCGCCCGGUCGGCCGCGAGCGACAUGUCCGACUGGGAGGUCGUCUCAAACGCGUCGGGCGGCAAGCCGGACGCCCCCGCCAGUUCCCUGGUGGAGCUGCUGUCUCCCUGGGCCAACCGCGCCGGACCGCCCGACGCGCCGCCCGCGCCAGGAGGGGCUGAGCGCCCGGUCUCGACGCCGGUGAAGAUCGACCAGGUGGACCAGACGGCGCUGGAGAAGGUCCGGAACGACCUCAGGCGCAUGCCUUCCAGCGGGGCUGUCCCAACCUCGCCCAGCCCGGCUUCGCAGCCCAGGUGGAGCAGAGGAGGCCCACCCCCCGGCGUGGACGAGACGCGUGCGUCGCUCCCGACGUCCGCGGGGACCGGCGAGACGAACGAGGACGCCCCGGACUCGGGCCCCGAGGACGACGAUGAGCACGGCGGCGCCGCGCGCGCCCCCGGGACCUCCGCUGGCCCGCCCCGCGACGCGCUCGGGGGCCCGCGCGGGCGCGCGUCGCACGAGUCCUCCGCGGACGACCGCGACGCCGGCGAGAGGAAGCCGAGCGCGGGCUCGGACGGGCGCGCGGGGGCCGAGGACGACGACGGCAAGGGCCGAAACGACGCGGGCGGCAAGGGCCGCUGGCGGAUGCCGCGGACGCAGGUGGACGGCGCCGAGGGCGCGCUCGGGGGCAAGCAGGGCGGGGGCCGCGGCCCGGGGGACGUGCUGACGAAGUCCGUGGCCAUGCUGAACGUCGUUGCGGACGCGUGGGCGAUGUUCAAGAACCGGGGGAAGAACAACGUCAAUAACAUGGAGGCGGCGGGGCCCGUGGGGGCGGAGCGCGACGAGCGAGCUAGGGGGCUCGCGGCUGUGCACGGGAGCGACGGGGAGGACAACGACGAGGACGACCCAGACCCGGAGCGUGAGGAGCGGCGCAUUCAAAAGUGGAACGCGAUGCUGGUGGAGGACCUGGGGAAGAAAAUGCGGGAACCCCCGCGCAAGUUCCGCUCGCGCGUGCGCAAGGGCGUGCCGGACAGCCUGCGCGGGGUGGUGUGGCAGACCAUGACGGGUGGGCGCGAGCUGCGCAUCGCGCACCCGCGCCUCUACGACCGCCUCCAGCGCUGCGCGCCCACGCCGGACAUCGAGGUCCUGCUGUCCGACCUCCUCGGGGGCGCGAAAGACUCCCCCUCAGAGGGGGGGGAGUCUGGCCGCAACGCCGCACCCAGCCCGGAGGCCCGCGCGACCGAGGCGUCCGACCCGGCGCUCACGUCCCGCGCGACCGUCGCGUCCUCCGUUGCGGGCACGACCGCGCGGGGCCCCGGGGGCCUCCUCGCGCCCACCAUGUCCAACGGCGCAGGUCUCUCUGCCUCGAUCGUUCACGACCACCUCUCAGCCCUCGCGGGCCCGCGCCGGGCCACGCCGUCCUCCCCGGGCAUCAGCCAUCUCGCGAACCAGCCCCACUCGGAGGGCCACCCGUCGGGCGUGCCGCGCCUGCUCGACGCGCCGGUCGCGGCCCCUGACUCAGAUGCCGUGAUUGGAGUCGAGGGCCAGGCGACGGCGUCGGAGACAGAGGCGGACGGGGGCCGGAAGUCGCGGUCCAAGCACGACCGCCCGCCGGCGUCCGGCCUGUCGGCGCGCCAGCGGAGCCGGGUGUCGAUGUCGGUGCCUGCGCCCACGGACCGCCACUCGGGGCACGCCGGCGCGGAGGCGCCGUCGUCGGGGCGGCGCUCGGCCGAGGACGUGGCUGCGCUGCCCGUGCUCGACGGCCCCGCGGGCGCCGCGGCGACGGCCGCGACGCCUGUCCGCUCGACGUUCUCGAUCGUGUCCGCCCUGUCGGCGACCGGCACGACGACUGCGAGCGCCGAGGACAGCGUGAGCAUCGCGCAGGGGAGCGAGCACGGGCAGCACGGGCAGCACGGCCGGCACACGUUCACUGACGACGUCUCCGCGCACCACGCGCGUUCCACGAACGCAGGGCCGUCGGUCCGGGAGCGCGGGCGCGACAAGGCGGCGACGCAGCGGGGCCGUCCGCAGCUGCGCAGCGGUAGCCGCGGUGCGCUCGUGGACGGCAGCAGGGCCGUGCGCCGCGGCCGCACGCCCGAGCCUGCAUGGGCUCCGGCGGGAGCGGCGCCGCCGCGGCGCGCGCCCAGUGCGGGCGUGAUCAGCCCCCCCGCGGCCCCGCCGCGCGCGCGGUCUCGUACGAGCACGACGAGUACAGGGCCAGCGCCGGUGUCCGGGCGCGGUCGUGGCGGCGCGGCCGGGCGCAGCAACGGUGCUACCGCUGCGCGCCCGCGUGCGGGUCAGUCCUCGUCGAGGUCGCCGGCGCCGCCGCCGAUCAGCCUCGAUACGAGCGCGGACACGACUGCGUCGGGGUCGGCGGCGCCGCGCAGCGAGGGCAACGGACAGGUGCAGAACUUGUCCGCGGUGGUGGCGCAGCUGCCGAAACCUGCGGCCGGGGACAUCCGGCGGGACAGGGAGGUGCAGCUGUGGAGUCCGCAGAAGGAGGAGAUCCUGAAGCGCGAGAUCGAGUCCGUCGCGUCGGGAUCCAAGACCGACCGCGGCGGUGGCGGCGUGCGCAGCCCGGCACCGACCAGCAGCGGCCGGGGCACGCCGGGCGGGGCGACCGCGCGCUCGACCGAGCCCGUGACGCGCGGGGCUUCCUCGAAGUCGGCGACGCAGAGGGGCAGCCUCACGAGGGAGGCGUCGUUCAAAUUGGGCGUUGCUCCGGGCAAGGCCUCGCCACUGCCGGCACCCAGCAGCAGCAGGACGCCCGAGACGACCGCGUCCAGGGCUGCGCAGGCGGCGCCACGCGCUGCGGAUGAGAACCGCGCCGAGGCGGCGACCGACGAGGUGCAGCACGCGUUCGGCGCUGACUCGGACUUCAACACCACGGGGGGGACUGUUCUGUCGGUGGCGUCGUCCGGGUUCGACGUGCCGACGGUGCCGCCGAACUCGGUGGUGCUCGACCGUCCGUCGCCGUCGCCGCCGCAGCCCAGCGCCGCGCCCCCGCGCGAGAGCCCGGCCGAGGACGUGGCCCGGGACGAAGGCGGCGAGCACGAAGCGCCCGAGCCGACGCCCCCCGAGGCGGACGCGGCGCCGCCGGGCGCGCACGAGGCGCCGCCUCGGCCGUCUCCGCUCCGUGCGCACGCGCGGCACCACUCCCGCAACCUCUCCAUGGACAUGCCCCCCCUGACGUCACGCUUCGAGGCCGCGCAGCACCAGAUCCUCAAGGACAUCCACCGGACGUACCCGACGCACGUGUACUACCAGCAGCGCGGCGGACCGGGGCAGGUCGCGCUGUACAACGUCCUGAAGGCCUACGCGAUCUUUGAUCGAGAGCUGGGGUACGUGCAAGGCAUGGGGUUCCUCGCGGGGCUGCUGCUGCUGUACCAGCCCGAGGAGGACGCGUUCUGGACGCUCGUCGCGCUCAUGAAGGGCACCGAGGCCGGGGCGCGCCACGCGCCGCUGCAGGGGCUCUACAGGCCCGGCCUGCCGCUGCUCCAGGAGUGUCUGUUCCUGCUCGGGGAGCUGCUUGGGAACCACCAGCUGGGGAGCCCGCGACUGCAGCAGCACCUGGAGGCGCUGUGCGUGCUGCCGGAGAUGUACGCGCCGCAGUGGUUCAUGACGCUCUUCGGGUACGUGCUGCCGUGGCGGCACCUCGUCCGGGCGUGGGACCUGAUUAUGUUCUCAGGACUGACGGGAGUGUUUGGUGUCGCACUCGCGCUGCACCACGCCCUGGAGCCGGCGCUGCUGGAGUGCGACUCGUUCGAGAAGGCGAUGGAAGUGCUGUCGCACAAGAGCUUGCGCAACCUCCCGGAGCGUCCGGACGCGUUGAUGGAGCGCGCCACGAGAGACUUCCAGAAGCUGUUUCGCCAAAUCAUUGCCCUGCAAGCGCAGUACGCCAGCAGUGCCGCAAGCCGCGAGGCGACGUAG